GAUCUUGAGCAGGGUGUGGCGACACACGGGGCAGAAUCAGAAAAACAGGCCUCACUCCACAUGUGCUAUAUGACCCAAAUUUUUGGAGCGUGUACCCUAAAAUACGAGCUAAUGUUUGACCUAUUUAAGUCCUGGAAAUGAUGUAAUGUAGUUAACAUUUUGGAAAUUAGAAAAACGGUGCUUUAUCGUUUUUUAUAAUAGUAAUAUAUGGUGGAUAUAAAAGAUAUAUACAUACAGUCUUACUCAUAUAAAGGUAACCAAAGACAAUUGUUUGGAUUUAUUCCAGUAUAUUUCUAUGCAUAUAGUUUACACUUUUUACCUGAUCAUGUGUUGGAUUUUAUUUACCAUUAUGCUAAUAUCGGGAUUACCAUUUUUGUACGUCGAAUUGUUAUUUGCAUAGAGUAAAUUUCUGCAAAUAAAUUAAAGGCUAUCAACUAGUUAAUAAAGCUUUUGUCUUAACUGCCUCACGAUUUUCCAGACUUGCAGCAGUUGUUGAGAAGCACCAUUUCCUGAAAGGUAGCGAUUAAGACAGUCCAAACGUGCGGCUGUAACUCGCUAACUUUGUUCCUCGUAGUUUUUCAGUGUGGACGGUAAUUUUAGCAUUCUUGCUAGGGGCUUCGUGAGAAUCUAGAGCAACACUGCGGGGCCGGGGGAGCAGCACCCGGAGCAGUAAGUUGCCUAGAGCACGCGCCCUGCACUGCUGGCAGGCAUAGUGGUCCGCUGCCUAACGCUGUGUCGAUCCGGGUUCUAGUCCGCCUGGGCCGCGGUCCCGCCCCCUUUGCUGCUUGGGGGCGGAGCCUGGCUCCCGGAAGGAGGCGUCCCGUCCCCCGCCUUCCUUCCGCCUUCCGCUCGCGGUUGCUAGGCUACGCGGGCCCUCGCAGAAAGGUGGCGAGUGUGUCCGCUGGUGCAUUGCCCAGCCUCUGCGGCGUGCAGCGUGCGCCCUCCUCACCCAGGCUGCCCUGCCGCCGCGGGCGCAGCGCCCACCUCCUGCCCGCCUCUGCUGUGUAAUCAGCCGCCCAUUCGGAGAUCGGGCAGGGGUGGCGGCUGCACGCGGUGUCGCUGAGUGGGCUAGAGCAGACCAUGCGGAAGUAACAUGUUCCCGGCGCUGGACACGGAGCUAAAGCAGGAGACCCUUGCUGACCCCUAUGAAGACUUUAUGUACCAUCACCUCCAGUACUAUGGCUACUUUAAAGGACAAAGAGGCAGUUUACCAAACUCGGCUACGCAGCAGCACCUUUGGAAGAAGACCCCUCGGCACCAGCUGCACGGAUCUUUCGGGGAAAGAGAGAACUUGAUACCGGACACUUUGCAGAGAGAGAAGCUUCUAUGGCCUACCUGUUUACCUUCAGCUGGGCGCGCUCAGAUAGAAUCUGUAAGCAGAGGUUCCCUUAUGCUGAGCUCUCCACUUCUUCGGACCAGACAGCUCAUUUACAAUGAGUUGGAUGAUGUAAACCCGCGUCUCCAAGAGCCCCGAGAGCUUUUUCCCUUCUUCUCCGGCAAAGGGCCGCUGCAGGCGCCACGGUGGCCAAUAGAGUGCGAGGUCAUCAAGGAGAGCAUUCGUCAUAUUGAGUGGGUUCCACCUCAGCCAGAAUAUUUCUAUCAAUCUACAGGAAAUGAAGAGGUACCAGAAAUUGUAGGAGAGGAAAAAGGCACAGUUGUCUAUCAGUUGGAAUCAGAAGGAUCCUAUUUCACCAGUUCCAGAGUGGGAGGCAAACGGGGCAUGAUCAAGGAGCUUGCCGUGCCCCUGCAAGGGCCGGAAGAUCACACGCUGCUGUUUGAGUCGCGGUUUGAGAGUGGGAAUCUGCAGAAAGCUGUCAGAGUAGGCACCUAUGAGUACGAGCUUACCUUGCGAACUGACCUCUACACAAACAAGCACACGCAGUGGUUUUAUUUUCGCGUUCAGAACACCAGGAAAGAUACCACCUACCGCUUCACCAUUGUGAACCUGCUCAAACCCAAGAGCCUUUAUGCUGCAGGGAUGAAGCCACUCAUGUACUCCCAGCUGGACGCCAGCACCCACAGCAUCGGCUGGAGGAGAGAGGGCAGUGAAAUCAAGUACUAUAAGAGCAACGCGGAUGAUGGGCAGCAGCCCUUCUACUGCCUCACGUGGACCGUUCAGUUUCCACAUGACCAGGACACUUGCUUUUUUGCCCACUUCUACCCAUACACGUACACUGAUCUGCAGUGCUACCUCCUGUCAGUGGCAAACAACCCCACCCAGUCUCAGUUCUGCAAGCUGCGAACUUUAUGCAGGAGCCUGGCAGGAAAUACCGUCUACCUGCUCACCAUCACCAACCCAUCCCGGUCCCCGCAGGAGGCGGCCGCGAAGAAAGCCGUGGUCUUGAGCGCCAGGGUCCACCCUGGGGAGAGCAACGGCUCCUGGAUUAUGAACGGCUUUUUGGACUUCAUCCUUAGCGAUUCCCCGGAUGCCCAGCUCCUCAGAGAUGUCUUUGUCUUCAAGGUGGUUCCCAUGUUAAAUCCAGAUGGUGUGAUUGUGGGCAAUUACCGGUGUUCACUGGCCGGAAGGGACUUGAACAGACGCUAUAAAACCGUCCUGAAGGAGUCUUUCCCCUGCGUUUGGUACACCAGGAACAUGAUCCAAAGACUUCUUGAAGAAAGAGAAGUCCUCUUGUAUUGUGAUUUCCAUGGCCACAGCCGUAAGAAUAAUAUCUUCCUGUAUGGCUGUAAUAACAACAAUCGCAAGUACUGGCUUCAUGAGCGAGUCUUUCCUUUAAUGUUAAGCAAAAAUGCACCAGAUAAGUUCUCUUUUCAUAGUUGUAAUUUUAAGGUUCAAAAGUGCAAAGAAGGAACGGGACGAGUUGUGAUGUGGCGGAUGGGAAUCCUGAACAGCUAUACCAUGGAGUCUACGUUCGGCGGGUCCACCCUGGGCAGUAAAAGAGACACUCAUUUUACCAUUGAGGAUCUGAAGUCCUUAGGUUAUCACGUCUGUGACACACUUCUGGAUUUCUGUGAUCCUGACCAAGCCAAGUUCACUCAAUGUCUAGCAGAACUUAAGGAGCUCUUACAACAGGAAAUCCACAAGAAAUUCAAUCAACUUGGACAAGAUAUAGAUUUAGAAGGAAACUGGAGUGACAUCUCUUUGUCUGACAUUGAAUCCAGCACCAGCGGUUCUGACAGCUCCCUCUCAGAUGGUCUCCCUGUUCACCUACUGAACAUAGAAGAUGAGGUGAAUCAGAAGAAGUUUAAGAAGAAAAAGAAGAAGAUGCUGCAGACCAGGAAACAGCGAACUAAGCAGUAUCAGAAAAAUCAUUUGAUGCGCAAAUUCAAGUUAACAGAAGAUGCCCCAGAAAAGGCAGGAUUUACUUCUACUCUGCAAAAGCAGCCAACCUUUUUCAAAAAUUUAGAGAAUUCCACUUCAGUGAUGAAACAUGAAAAACCAAAGUUGAAUGAGACACAGUUAAAUGGCAGAGACAAAGGCACCUGCCGGGAGCCAUCAGUGACCACCCUGACUCUACUUAAGAAUCAAGAGAGAACGCAGAGUAAGAAGCCAGGCUUUACAGUGCCAUGCUCUCCAAAGAAAAGUACAAACUCCAGCCAAGAGCCAGCCCCAGUUUUGGAGGCUGGGAAGGCCAAGGUCACAGGGCUGCACGUGCUGAGGACUCUCGCGCCCCGAAGCAACACAGGGCAUCCAGCGGUGAGACAGAGCAAGCGCACCCCAGAGAGCUCACUUUUCUAACAAAGCCACUCCCUCAGCAACUAGCCUAUGGACUCAUUCAUCUGUUAGUUCACUCAUGCCACCCAGGCACUUCCCAAAGAUACCAUCGACACUGCUGCAUCGGGGCCCACCCAGCCCACAGCCAUAUAGCUACUGAUGAAAUGCCACACAGACGCUCUGCUUGGCAGAAAUCGAGCUGGCGCCCUCUGCUCUUCCGGGCUGCUCUCAGACUCACUUCUGGUUUAAUUAUCUAGAAUAGCAGCAGAGACGUUUCUCGGACACAGAGACUUGGCCCCUUCUGCACAGGAUAUCUUUGAAGCCACAAAGCCCGCUCUGUCCUGUAUAACCACAAAGACAGACAGUAUGCACUGGCUAGGUUUAGUCAGACUAAAUGCCGCCAGUGGCAUUUCUGUCCAUUUCUUAGUGCAAUAUUCCUGGGGGAGAUAAGCUCAUGUCUCGUAGUGCUUGCCAUUCAUCUUUGUCCCCUUUUCUCUACCCUGCUGCUGCCUGCCCGAUUCACUGAAAGCUCAGUUUAUUUUCCCUGUUAACUGGGUUGCACCCAUGGCCCACGCAAGACAAACUUCCUUGUGAAACCAGGCUUAGAUAGGCAUUGUUUUCAUGCCUCUGUUUCCUGACAAAGUACACCGCAUGGUCCAAAGUGAUACUUGUUUAAUAAGGGUGAUUCCAGGAAUGUACAGAAAGCAGUAAAGAUUGAGGAUCCCUCACCUGAAAAUCCAAAAUCCUAAAUCUGAAACUCUCCAAACUCUGACAUGCUACACAUAUCCUCACAUGAGGGCCAUGAUUAAAACGUAGGCACACAACAUACCAGUUAUUCAGCAUCCCCCCCCCCACCCUGGGAAAAAGACCCUCCCAGCUCCUUCAGCUGUA